AUGUCAAGGGGUCAUCGACAACAACAGGAGGAAGAUUACAACAUGGAGAGCUCGAUCACUGUGAGAGAUCGAGGUAUAGUCGAGACCCAGGCGAGACAGCGCCACAGGAGGGAUCUGGACAUGCCGAUCAGCGACCUCUUCAGAUCGACUCAGCCGGCCGUAUCCUAUGGCCAACCCCGCUCCCGCAGGCAAGGGGACUAUCGAGAUUAUUCCCCGUACAAAACGCCAAUCAGUGAGAGAUCUUCUAUUCCGAGGCCCUCGGUCCCCAGGGUAACGGACGAAGACGAGGAUACGGAUAUGGACGUAGAGGAAUGCCGUAUCGAGCACCCCUUUGGAGAAAUCAUCGGGCAGGAAAUCGAACGGCGAGGAGCCCCAGUGGUUCAGCAGCUGAGUCGCGGACUUGGAGACCUCGCUGUGAGCGUCCAAGACCUGCCCGCAAUCAGGGAAAUUACUCGGCAGCACGCGGCGCAGCUUACCCAGCAGCACGAAGAGCAGAACAAACUCAUCCGCGAAUUGCAGAUGAAGUUCAACCAGGACCAAGAAGAACGGGAGCGCCGAGAUGGGUACAUCCUCGCCUAA